AUGCUUCUUGCUCGCUUCCCAGAGGAAUCAAAAACUUUUAUUGGUAUUGAUGAUACUAUUGAACCUCACGAUCAAUCACAAUUUGAGGAUCUGUUGCACCGUUUAAAUCCACCUGGUCUGCCUCCUUACAAAGUGACACUGAACCAAAACUGCCCAAUUAUAUUAUUACGAAAUUUAAAUCUGUGUGAUGGUUUAUGCAAUGGCACACGUUUGACUUGCUGUGACUUUAAAACUCAUGUCGUUAGCGCCAAUAUCUCAGUUGGUGACUUUAAGAAUACGCAUUUGUUUAUCCCUAAAAUACCACUAUUAUCAUCCCAAGAUGAAAAAAUGCAUAUUCCGUUUAAAAGGACACAAUUUCCCGUAAGAGUGUUCUUUGCAAUGACUAUAAAUAAAGAGCAAGGUCAGACAUUAGAUUUUGUUGGAGUUUAUUUGCGAGAACCUGUGUUUUCGCACGGUCAAGGCGAUCACUACACGGAUAACAUUGUUUACAAUGAAAUCAUCCAAAAGGCUACUUUAUGA